GCCGUGAACAUACGUGGGAAUUCGGCGCUUCAUAAUCUCUUCGCUAGUCAACUGUUCUUGUUGAUAUUUUGCAUUUCGGACCGGAAUCACUAGCUCGUUUGCAAAAUGUGCUUACUUCUUGGACCUUUGGGAGUUGGAAAAACACUGAUUUUGAAGCGUCUGCAAGUUUAUUCUACAAAAGGUUCGUUUGAAAAUCUGAAUGAUGCUCCAUCAACAAUACCAACGGUUGGUACAAACCUAACCAAUGUUCAGCUCAACAAGAAAAUAGAGGUUAGAGUGAGAGAAUUAGGAGGCAUGAUGGCCCCUAUCUGGCCUAACUACUUCACUGAUAGUUCUAUAGUACUGUAUGUAGUUGAUGUAUCAAACAUGUCCCAGGUGUCCAGUGCAUGUAUCCAGCUUCUUCAAGUAUUGACUGAUCCCAAACUACACAAUGCUUCCAUCUUGGUCGUUCUGAAUAAAAGUGACCUACCUCUCCCAAUGAGCAUCCAACAGAUCCGAUCCCUGCUUCAUCUGGAUGACGUAGCAACCUCGGCUAGCCAGAGGAUAGAGGUUCUAGAGGUCAGUGCUCUCACAGGUCAAGGGUUAGAUGAGGUCGUCAGGUGGCUCAGCUCCAACCAUGUGAACCACUCAUUCUGAAUGAAUGUAGCCACUGCAAGAACAAGUUUGUAGUUGUUGGUGUCCACAACUGCAUUGAAGAAAGCUUGGAUGGAUUCACGACAUGACAGGUACUCCUUAGCAAGUUCUGCGAUUCUACCGAAUCUAUUGGCUACAAAUCCUUUGAAUCCUUGGCACUGAAUAUUGCUAUCUUCAAUCCAAGAGGGACACUAAUUGCUGAGCAUGGCUAGGAGACAAUAACUUGGAGAUUGCGAUUAACCUUAGUGUAUGGAUUGAAAAUUCUGGACAUACAAAGAUCCUCUCACCUGCUGAUACCUCCAGUAACUGGUGGAUGCAAAUCUUCUGCUCUAUGUUCCUGAACACUUAAUUGCAUGAUCUGUAAACAAGAUUAUAUGAGCAUUUUAGGAUUGUAGUAGGGUCUACUCCAAGGGCCUGAAGAAGGACUUCAGUCAGCAGCUCAAUCUGUCAUCCAGAAUUCUAUUUCUGAUUUCAAUUCAUCAGCUGUGGAGUUGGCAAGAAUGGCUAUAAAACACUUGAGCCUGAACUCAUAAGCUUUGAUCAGCCCCAUCUUGACCACUAUGACUCAAAUUUCCCACAUAACCUGUAGUCAGGGAUGUCCUUUUACCUGAAGGUCCAGUUAUGGUGAUGUGGUCUGAUUUCAGAUUAUUCAUAUCAACUGAAGGCCUAUGUAUUUUCAACAUUGAUUCAUUAAAGUAGUUUUUUUUUGUUUUUGUUCAUAACUAUGAUAAUAAAUUUACUAACCAUAUGACAUUCACUAUUUUCAUUUAUUUUUGCUUACAAUGUUGAUCUUACCAUUUAUCACCAUGCCUGUACCUCAAUGUCUUAAGUAUGCAUAUAUAUUUCAACUCAGUACCCUAAAAAAAAAUUUCUGAUGUUCAAUGUAAAAAUAUGGCCCAAAGGCCAUUUUCCCGCCAUUUUUCAAAACAUGGCGGGAAAACAACUUUAUCUCACCACGCCUAUACAUCAAAUAUCUCUUAUAACUCUUAUGAUUGAGUACGCGGUAUCGAUACAUUCACUUCGAUGAGACGAGUUAGCAUUUUUACUCAUUCAACGUUGAACGUAAAGGGAAGCAAAAAAGGCAACGCUACAUACUCAUGAAUAUCUUUACUCUUUUGGUCAUAAAGCUUCCCAAGAGUUUCAGAAUACUCGUCCAAUUCAAAUAAUGAGCACUUCAAUGAGUGAAAGAUUUUACUCCCAGAAGACAGUUUUCAGUUUUUGUGUGUGGUCUAAGAUAAACCCGACUCUUGAUUACGGGCCAUUUUCUUUGUUGUCUAUAUAGUGACACGAAAAUGCUGUGUGGUCACACAUACAAUAUGAUACAAUACAAUACAAUAUUAAACAUGCUUAAUUUAUUUAUUUUCUAAUCACUUUUUACAAGGCCACUGCUCAGUUAUUUAUUUACUUUUUUAGUGUAAUUAUGUAUGAAUUCAUUUUUCUCCUCAAGGGUCUAUUUCAUCAGAGGAAGUUUUUAGCUUUUAGUCCUUGUUUUGGUUUUUUUUUUUUGUGGGGGAGGGGUUGCAUAAGUGUUGAAAAAUUUGUUUAAAGUGAAGGAAAAUGGCAUUCCUCCAUGUUGAAAGUACCAAGAGCUCCCUACCGUGGGAGUGGGGAUACCCCCCUCCCACACCCACCUCUGCUCGGUCGCUUCGCUCCCUCAUAGUCCACGUAAAAAAGGAUUACUAUUUUUAGUCUUCAAAGGUUGGCAGGUAUGUUUAUAUCAAAGAAGAUGAUACUUUUAAGAGUUGUUACCCUUCCACAGAUCCACCAUUGGGCUGCCAUUGCCUGAUCAAUAUCCUCAAAAAGUUAUUUUUUUAAAUAAUUUCCAUAAUAGAAUAAAUGAAAAAACAGGGGUCUUCAAGUGUGGAUACCCACAUUUUUUUUCUUGAAACAGAAAAUUCAUUUAUAGCCGUCAUUUGUCAACAGAUGGUAUGUUCAUAACUGAUUUUCAGUAUUAAGUACUGAAAAAAAGAAGAAUACUUAUAGUUUCAUGCAAAAGACUGAUUUCUUAAGUUUGAGUUUUAUUUAAUGUCUUAAGGUAUUAUUGAAAAUACAAAUUUCCUCACCAAAAUACUGGUUUUCAGCUUUUUAAGUUCUAAACUGUUCUUGUUCAGAUUGGAAGCUCUGAAACCCUUAUACUGCUCAACUCCUUGAUUCAAAUAUGUUACAUUGAAAUUUUCUUUAUCUGUCUUUUUGUUUAUGUUUUUUAUAAUAAACGUUUGUGACAUGUGUGAGUCAUAAUUGAUUGGUUUUAAUAUGAUAAUUUUUUUUGUUUCAAAAUUAUUAACAAUUAAAAACAUGUGAUCGAAAAACAA